AUUAAACCAUAUGAGCAUAUGAUGUGUUUCAAAGUAACUAUGAGUGUUAAAAUAAAUGUAGUGGAGUAAAAAGAACAAUAUGCCUCUGAAAUGCAGUGGUUCAAGGUUCAAGGUUCUUUAUUGUCAAUCUGACAUAGCUACAGAGUAAUUAUGUAGUUGAAAAUCUUAUGUCACAGGCUUCACAGGUGUAGCAUAAAGUAGCAUUAAAUGGAACCACUAUUGUAAAUAGUACUUACUUUUCACUGCCUACUGUACCUGUUUUUUAAUCGAGGUAAAGGUACGCGUAAUUUGUCGAUCUAUCCACUUUACGCAUGCGUCAGCGUUGCAUGAAUCUUCCAUACAUUGACUUGUAUCCCUUUUUAAUCCACAGUUUUGCUGCAGAAUUACUAGAUUAUAGUUUACUACGUUGUUUACAUGUGAUGCGUUCAAUGAGCCUCUCUGCAGGGAAAGAGUCACUCUGGAGGUAACACCCCGGAAGUCCUCGUGCAGCAGGCAGCAUGGCGCGGUGUGGAAUAACUUGUUGACAUUUUACCUUCACUACAAACAGCCUGCGCAUUCUGCUAUCCCGUCAACAUUGUGCAGUCAUGGUGUCCUGUGCUCUUUUCAUCCUCGGCCCUCUGUGGAUCCACAUUCUGGGACAUGCAUGCAGCGGAGAGGAUUUGUCCCGGGAAGAGGUGUUGUCCUGGGUCAGAGUGCGGGUCCUGGAGGGCCUCAGGCUGGAGGAGCCUCCUUUAACCCCAGUGCAGGCUCCAGAUAGGGACCCCGCACCUCAAAGGGCCCCCAGGGCGAGCAGGACAACGUGGGUCAAGCAACAAAGCAGUCCGACUCGGGAAACAUCUGAAAUGAUUGUCUUCCCAAGUUCUGACUCAUCCUGUGCCAGAUCUGACUCUGCAGAAACCGCCAGUAGCCACUUCACAUAUUACUUCCAGCCCUCCAUGAACAGCCAGGAGACUUCAGUCACGUCUGCCCACUUCUGGUUCUACGCAGGCGAAGGAGCAGCCAACUCCUCCGCCCAGCUGUUCAUGGUGACUUCAGCUCAGCAGCUCCAGCAGGCGGCGGAGGCUCCUUCAAAGACGAGCUCAGACGGGUGGACGACCUUUGACCUGGAGCAAAACCCUCUGGCCUCUGUGGCUGAGGGCCCCUUCCUGCUUCAGGUCCGCUGUCCAGCCUGUCAGUGCAGCAGCAGUGAACCAGACCACACCCCCUUCCUCCACCUCCACGUUCAGCCUCGAGGUCCUGCCCGCUCCCCCCGCAGUGUCACCACCAUCCCCUGGUCUCCUGCUGCUGUGGAGCUGCUCCAGAGACCCUCUGAGGAGCGACUCGGCGACUGCACCAGAGUGGAGGUCCAGAUCAGCUUCGAGGAGCUGGGCUGGGACAGCUGGAUCGUGCACCCCAAGGCGCUCACUUUCUACUACUGCCAGGGGAACUGCUCAGCCGAGGGUCGGACCGCCACCAUGCUGGGGAUCAAACAGUGUUGCGCCCCGGUGCCGGGGACCAUGAGGUCCCUGAGGAUCACCACAACAUCCGACGGAGGGUACACGUUCAAUUAUGAGACCCUGCCCAACAUCAUGCCUGAAGAGUGUACUUGUAUGUGACAUCUUAAAAGGCCAGUUUACCCAAAUAACAAAAAAGGAUAUUUCCUGUUUUCUACAGUCUUUGAAAGAUAAUGAAACUGCUAUCUAAGAUUGAAUCUACUUUCUACCAAAAAU